AUGGCUGAUUCCACCUUGGCCGCUAACGGCAACUCUCUUCUUGAGACCACCAAGACAAACGCUGCCGCUGCCUAUCAAUCUGUCGCCAACGGCCCUGUUGCUCAGAACGUCUACGAUCACACUCAGAAGGCCUCCAGCGAGCUCUCUAACCUUGCUGCUGCUCGACGCACUCCCGCGAAUCCCGCUGCUACCGGCCAGCCGCUCACACACUACCAUUCCUUCUUUUCUGAGCUUCUUUCAUGGAACAACCCUCGCGCAUCUGCCAUUGCUUAUGUGACUAUCAUCGGUGCUAUCUUCACUGCACGAUACCUGGAUCUUCUCCGAUGGGGACUCAAGGUUUCGUGGAUGAUCCUUGGUGUAACCAUUCUUGCCGAGGUGCUUGGCAAGGUCAUUAUCAACAACGGUCUUGCUACUCAGCUUCGCCCUCGUCGGUACUACACAGUUCCUCGUGAGACUCUGGAUGCCCUUAUUGGGGACGUUCAUGAGCUCAUUAACUUCUUUGUCAUCGAGGCCCAGCGAAUCAUCUUUGCCGAGAACGUCUUUGCUUCCGCCGCCGCUUUCGUCGCCGCUUUCAUUUCAUACUACCUCGUUAAGCUUGUUCCUUACUGGGGACUUGCUGUUAUCGGCACCACCGUCGCCUUCGUCGUUCCCCUGAUCUACACAUCCAAUCAGGAGCUAAUCGAUGAGCAACUCCACCACGCUUCCGAGCUCAUCAACUCCCAGACUGCCCAGAUCCAGAGCGUCGCUUCGAAGCAGAUGGAACAGGUCUCAAACAUCAGCAAGCAAUAUGCUGGCGACUACAGCGGCAAAGUCCAGGACCUUCUCCGUGGCAAGACUCCUUCUCGCCAGAAGAUUGACAAGCCUGAGCAGCCUAUUUCUGCCAAGCAGCCGCAGUUUCCCUCUCCUCCUAACGAGGACCCCGUCAAGGCCACGGAGGCUCCUCAGAUUCCUACCCCUGCCGCUCUCAAGGAGGAACUAAAUGCGCCCACCGCUAUCGACACCGCAGCCCCUGAGCUCCCCCACGAGGACGUUGUUCCCAGCAAGGAGCCCAUGCUUGCUUCUUAA